GAUUUGAACUCGUCUAUCUAGAGUCCUCCGACGCGUGGUCGCGUGGAGUUCGUGUGGCUUUGUGAAAAAUAAUUGAUCUGGACACGUGCAGAGGUUUCUGCUUUCAUCAUUAAAGACAAAAUGUCUAAGCAAGAAGGAGAUAAAGGUUAUAAUGAUCCCUCUGAACCGUCGACCAGUAGUGGGUAUCGCAGGUCUAAACCGUAUGAAAGAGGCUCGUCAGAGUCAUCGGGCUAUCAUCAUCGAAGAGGAUCAAUAAAAGGCGCCUACUAUGACGAUUAUGCAGUUCCAUCUACAUCCAAACAAGUUCCAAUGGAAGUUUCGAUUAAAACCGAAGUUAAAACCGAAGUUAAAACCGAAGUUAAAAUCGAAGUUGAAACCGAAAGUGAAGUUGAAAUGAAAAGUGUAAAAGCUGAACAGAAGACAAGUUCUCGACGUAAAUUGGAACCUGUUUUUGUUACUAGACCCAGUACCUUAAUCUCUAAAAAAGGUAAAUGCGGUAGACCAAUAAUUCUUCGUUCAAAUCACUUCAGACUACCUACGGUACCCAAUUGGUGUCUGUAUCAAUACAGAGUAGAUUUCGAACCCGAUGAAAGUCGUACUUUUAUUCGUAAAGGCAUGCUUAAACUUCAUACAGAUAAAAUUGGUCCAUAUAUCUUCGAUGGUACUAUCCUGUACUCGAGUAGCCGUCUACCAGAUAAAAUAGAGCUAGCAUCAAUAAGGAAGUCAGAUAAUGAACCUUUCAAAGUAACUAUAUAUAUAGUUGGGAAAAUGAUGCCGGAUAAUGCACAUUAUAAUGUCAUUUUUAACAUAAUAAUGAGGAAAUGUUUGGAGUCUUUAAAAUUGCAAUUGGUGGGCCGCGAUUACUAUGAUGCUAAAAAUAAAUUUAGUGUACAUCAAUUUCGUUUGGAAUUGUGGCCCGGUUAUGUUACAUCUAUAAGACAGCACGAACACAACAUUUUAUUAAAUGCCGAAAUAACGCAUAAAGUAAUGCGUCAAGAAACUCUGUAUCAUAUAUUGAUGGAUUGCUACAAACGUAGUAAUAAUUAUAAAACAGAAUUUUGCAAUAGUGUGAUAGGGAUUAUGGUACUUACGGACUACAAUAAUCACACUUACCGAAUUGAAGACGUAGAUUUUGAAACGACUCCUUCUUCGACAUUUCCAAUGAAAGAUGGAAGCCAAAUAUCUUAUCAAGACUAUUAUAAAAAUAAAUACAGAAUACAAAUUUCAAGUCCCACGCAACCUAUGUUGGUGACAAGAAGCAAACCGAGACAACGAAAUGCCGGGCAAGGAGAUUUAGUUUAUUUAGUUCCUGAACUUUGCCGUGCUACAGGUUUAACUGAUAGCAUGAAAGAAAACUUUCAUUUAAUGAAAGCUUUAGCAGUACAUACUUGCAUUUCACCUAACGCCCGUAUAGAUAAACUUAUACGGUUUAAUAGUAGACUUCGUCAGGAACCAAAAGUUUUACAAGAAUUGAAAGAUUGGAAUAUGGCGAUAGACAAGAAUUUAUUAGAAUUUCCUGGUCGCAUAUUAAGCUCAGAAACACUUUUAUUUGGCAAUAAUAGACGCAUAAGUAGUAGUAUGACAGGAGAUUGGACUAGGGACAUGCAAAGAGCAAGUUUAUAUACAUGUAAGGAGUUGAGGCAUUGGAUAGUAUUUGGAAGUAAUCGAGACUAUCGUGCUAUAGAAAAUUUUCUAGGUUUGAUAAACACAGUAUCAUAUGGAUUAGCAUUCAAAGUUGGAAAGCCGCAAAUAGUACCCAUACAUGAUGAUAAGGCAGGUACAUAUGUUGAAAAUCUUGAAUACGUUCUUAGUAAAAGUGUGCCAGAUUUGGUAUUCUGCGUAGUGAGCAAUAAUCGCAGUGAUCGUUAUGCAGCUAUUAAGAAAUUCUGCUGCAUAGAUAGACCUGUGCCGUCACAGGUUAUUUUACAAAAAAAUUUGUGUGGUAAAAACGCCAUGACUAUUGCUACGAAAGUAGCAAUACAAAUGAAUUGUAAAUUAGGCGGAGCACCUUGGACUAUGGAAAACCCAUUAAAAGGAUUAAUGGUCAUAGGAUUCGAUAUAUGCCGUGACUCAAACACUAAGGGCAAAGAUUUUCUGUCUAUGGUGGCAACUGUGGAUCAAUCGCUGACAAGAUAUUUCAGCUCUAUUACUUUAUUUCACAGUCACGAGGAUCUCGGUGACCAACUUUGCGCAAGUGUAAAAAAAGCUAUUUUGGCUUAUAAAGAAAGAACUAGUGCUUUACCUAUACAUCUUAUAAUUUAUCGAGAUGGUGUUAGCGAAGGUCAAAUUAGACAAGUUUACGAAAAUGAAGUGCAAAAACUUGAAAAGGCGCUUGAGAAGAUGUAUUAUGGUCCUAAUUUUAAGAUGAUUUUUAUUAUUGUUACUAAAAAAAUUAACGUUCGGUUAUUUGAUUCAAACGGUCGUAAUGGUAAUCCACAAACCGGGACUGUAGUUGAUGAUGUAAUCACCGAUCCGCUAAGAUAUGAUUUUUUUCUUGUAUCGCAACAGGUUAGACAGGGUACAGUUUCACCUACUUCAUAUAAUGUGAUUUUUGACAAUACCGGAUUACAAGCAGAAAUGGUUCAAGUUGUUACAUAUAAAUUAACCCACAUGUACUACAAUUGCUCAUCUACUGUUAGAGUGCCAGCGCCCUGUCAUUAUGCGCACAAAUUAUCGUUUUUAGUAGGACGAUUUUUACAUCGGCCUCCAAGUUCACAGCUGGAGAAACAACUAUUUUUCUUGUAA